UUUGGCUCCCCAGCUUUAGUUUUCUUCAGUUUUCUUCCAACCUCUGACCUCAGUGACCAUGGUCCCUCACAGAUCCACCAAAGGAGCGUCCAAAGCCAGACGGGAUCAAAUCAAUCAUGAGAUCAGGAAUAUGCGCUCUCUGUUGCCCAUCACCCAGGAGGACCAGGAGCGUCUCUCCUAUCUGCACUCCAUGGGCGCCAUAUGUGCCUACAUCAGGAAAUCUGUUCUCUUCCAGGGACUCCCUGCUGGGUUGAGAUCACACUGCUCUCUGCCAUACGAGGCCUUUCUUCCUGCAUUGCACGGCUUCAUCCUGGUCACUACCGCACAGGGGAAGCUGGUCUACGUGUCUGAAAAUGUAGCUGAAUAUCUCGGUCUUUCCAUGAUAGAUGUGCUUCAAGGAGACACUUUGUAUGACAUUGUGGAACGCUCGGACAUUGAUAUUGUUCAAUCGAACCUGGACAUUGAAAGCAACUCAUCAUCAGAGAGGAGCUUUAUAUGCUGUAUGCAAACCUCGAAGGCCUUCAAGCUGCAACACGGCAGCUGCUGUUCCAUGCUGGUCAGAGGGAGCUUCCAGUCUGUCCCUCAGCCUUGCCCGUCCUCCUCUUCAGCCUGUCCCACCAACCAGCCUCUGUUUGUGGCCCUCUGCACCCCCACGGUCGAGCGCCUGCAGAACACUGACUCCCACUUCUGUCACAGCUUCCACAGCGUCCACAGACUCGAUAUGACUUUCACUCAGCUGUCGGACAGUGUUUUAUAUUUUUUGGGGUAUUCGGCAGAAGAACUGACCGGUCGAUCGUGGUACAGUCUCGUCCACCCUGAAGAUCUUUCUUUGAGUGCAGAAUGUCAUAGAAGUUUAAUGCAGGCAGACGAGGGCUUCCAGGUAGAGGUGGUGCUCAGACUCCAGUGCAAGGAUCUGACGUGGACGUGGAUCUACAUUCAAGCUAACAAGGACUCUGAGUGCCAGAGUGUGAGCUGCACUAACUUCAUCAUCAGUGAAACAGAGGCCAGAUUUCUUCAAGAGAAAAUCAUCAGCGAUGCCUCAAGGCCAUCCUCUCAACAGGCACCCCACGCUCAGAGCCACAACACUAAAUGCUUUAAAAGGCAGAGGACGUCUAACAGCCAAAGUGAGGAGCCAGGUGCCAAAGCUAGGAGGGAGUCCGAGGAAGACGUAUACUAUAUGGCGUGCGCCUCCUCCCAAGGUGAUAGCUCACCUGUUCCCCUGGGUGACAGCCCUUCUCUCUUCACCCCUCCCUACAGCCCGGCCUCCUCCAGCUCCCCUCUGCAGCAGGAGGAGCUCAGCCAUGACCUCCUGAUGGAUGUGCAUGGAUACACAGAUCAGCUGCUGUCCUCCCCUGAGUGCUCUCCCCCCUAUUAUUCCUACCCAGAGGCACGGCACACCUGUCACCAAUCACCCUCCGACUCCCUCCCCGUCGCCGCUGCACAAACCUUCGACCGGGAAGCCUUCGGCUCUCUCUCUCCGCUCUCCUCCUCGUCUCCAACCUAUGAUUUCCAAGCUUGUACGGCCGAGGCUCGAUUAGUUCCAGACUGCCUGUCUGUGUCCGACAUGUGUGAGAGCCCAGUGGACUGUGCUCUGCAUCAAGAUGACUUCGGCAUCCUUGAGGAGCCACAAGGGGGCAGCCUUAUCCAGGUGCAUCAUGUUCCCCAACACGUGUUGCCCAUACAUUCCGGACCCCUCACCCCCAACCAAUCGCCCACAUCCACAGAGUCCAACCAUUACAACGAGAAGGAGCAGGCAGAGAUCAGUAUUCUGGCUCAGCAGAUCUCCUCCCUGGCCAGCAGCUUUUCCAUGUAUCACACCCUGAACCUGCUUCAAAAUGUGCCCCAACCUGCACCAACUAACGCCCUGCCCUCAGCCUGCGACUGGCACCAUCACCCUCCUCUCCCUUCAGACGUUCCUCUUAAGCGGGAGCCAGUCCUCGAUGUCGGCGUGUUCGACAGCAUCCUGAAAGACCUGGACAUGGUCACAAGGAAAAGCAGCAUGUGCGGCCCCGGGGCUGUAACAUACAGCUACCAGCAGGGCUUGUUGCACUGCAGGAGUGAGUCCCAUCAGCUGGAGCAGGGGCCACUCGGUCUCUCCCCGACUAUCGCAGAAGACCCGCUGCCUGCAGAGCAGUUCACCUCCACAGAUCCCUUCAGUUUGCAGUUGGGACACCAUGACCAAAACACUGAGUUGCAUCAACUCAACCACUAUAUGCAGAGUGCCCUUCAGCAAGAUGGACUUGCUGAAGAAAACCUGUACUGAAAUAAGUCUGUGACUUACUGUACUCCCACUUGUAUGACAUAUUGUCAGCGCUGAAUUCAAAGACGAAUGCGAGCAAAGACAUUUAAAGGACAUCUUUGCUGAGACACUGUUUCCUCAAAUGACUUAUUUCUGAAUGUAGAAAAGCAACUGAAUUAGAUCAUGCGCUCUUCAAGAUUACAGCUUUGUCUUCAUUUCUCAACACCGCUGUCGACUGUGUUUUAUGUUUUGCUGAUUUUACAUUUUUAUGAAAAAGGUGCUUUUUAAUAAUGUGUCUGACAACUCUUACACACUGGAAUUGAAGUAUAUUUUUCUUCUAAUGCUGAGUGACCACAGUUUACUAUUGAGCACUUUAUCAAUGUCAUUGCCACAAUAAUUUUAUAAAUGAGAAGGCGUGCUGAUUUGAAGGAGUAUUAUGUUGAUUUAAAAAGCUACCUGGACGAGCUUUUACCACAUAAAUCAUUCCUUACAACAAAGAUGCAGUUGGAAAUGUUUGGCUUUAGGUGCCUUAGAAACAUGCAGUCUAGCUAAAAAAGAAUAUUUCCAUUCCUUAUAUCUCAGUUUUCUCAGUGUGCCAUUAAUGCGUUCAUGCUGUUAUGAAUAAAUAAGCAAGAUAAUGAUGAUUGUUACACCUACCUCAACGGUACAUCUGAAUACAUUCCAAGUCUGAAUUUAAUGAAUGAAUGAUAUUUAUUUUGAACAUCACUUCUUACUCUCACUUAAUUGUCUUAAAAUGUUUGUACUUUACUGCAAUGUGAAUCUUAAACUUUAUUUUUUAAUUCAUUCCACAUGACUUUUUUUCACGGUACUGGUACUGCACGUCUAAGUGUUUGUCCUGCAA